AUGACAAUUGAUCCAAAUACAAUAUCGGUGGCAACUACUCCAUUUGCACUUAUCGACGAGCAAAGUGCUAUUAAAACUGAAAAAGAAAUUUUAUUUUCAAUGCAUACUGUUUUUCGUGUCGACGAAAUCAAACAAUCAAUUAGCAAUAGUCGUCUUUGGGAAGUUCAAUUGAGUCUUACCGGCGACAAUGAUCCACAAUUGACUGCUCUUACUAAUCGCAUACGAGAGGAAGUCGACGGCACUGGAUGGUAUCGAAUGGGUAAGCUAAUGCUUCAGGUGGGUCACUUCAAUCAAGCUGAAGAACUCUACAAUGGAUUACUGAAGACCACUCCCAAUGACAAUGAUAGAGCAAAUAUCUAUCAUAUGCUGGGAAUGGUGAAAUUACAACAAGGACAAUAUCAAGAAGCAGUUGCAUUUUAUGAAAAAUCACUCGAAAUCAACCGAAAAAUUCUUCCAGAAGAUCAUUCUUCCUUGGCUAAUAUCUGUAACGACAUUGGCCUUGCGUAUAGCAACAUGGGUAACUACUCGACAGCGCUUGAAUUUUACGAAAACGCAAUUAAAAUAAAAGAAAAAUCUCUGUCUCCAAAUGAUCCCGAUUUGGCUCUGUCCUAUAACAACAUCGGCACAGUGUAUAACGACAUGGGUGACUACUCGAAAGCACUUGAAUUUUACGAAAAAGCACAUAAAAUUAAAGAAAAAAAUCUGCCUCCGAAUCAUCCCAAUUCGGCUACUUCCUACAACAACAUCGGUUCAGUGUAUCACGAUAUGGGUGACUACUCGAAAGCACUUGAAUUUUACAAAAAAGCACUUAAAAUUAGAGAAAAAACUCUACCUCUGAAUCAUCCUGAUUUGGCUCAGUCCUACAACAACAUUGGUCUAGUGUAUAAGAACAUGGGUGACCACUCGAAAGCACUUGAAUUUUACGAAAAAGCACUUAAAAUUAGAGAAACAGCUCUACCUCCGAAUCAUCCCUCAUUGGCUAUUUCCUACAACAACAUCGUUUUAGCAGUAUUAGCCUUUGUUGUAUAUGAUAUUCUUGUUGAUUUACAAUUACAUGUUAUUAUUGGGUUAUCUAAAGAUGUAACUGAAGUUAGCACAAGCUUCGAAAUAAAAAAAGAUGAAGAAUUAAUUCAAAAGCAAAUUGAAGAAUAUUCUACGAAACAAAAACUUGAUUCAGCAAAAAAUACCUUAUUAAUCUGGACAAAUAAUUAUAAUAUUAAUUCAUCUACACAAUCUGAUGUUGUUGCUCGUGAUGAUUGUACAUUAUCUUCUAUUCCAACAACAACAAAUACUAUUCCAACAGCAAAUAUUACUACAACAACAAAUACAAUUCCAACAGCAAAUACUUCUACUACAACAAAUAUUAUUACAACAAUAAAUACUACUACAACAACUGAUGCUACUACUACAAUCAAUCCUAUUAAACGUGUGGGCGUGGGUGUGGGUGUGGGGUGUGGAUGA